AUGGUAGCGAGUAUUAUUGUAAUUUUCUUCAGAUUCCACUUUUUGAGUCGAGCGGAAGAAUUGGCGAAGAGGAUUUGGGCGGCUGGGUGGAUGGUGGUGCACCACAAACACCUGCCCAAGUGGCUCAAGGACAAUGAUUUCCUCAUAAAGGGACACCGAGCUCCCAUGCACUCCUACUGGAGGUGCUUCAAAUCCAUCUUUAGAGUUCACACGGAAACUGGCAACAUCUGGACUCACUUGCUAGGUUUCAUUGCGUUCAUGUCGGUAGCCAUCUACUUUGUCACGAGACCCUCCACUGAGAUUCAGCUGCAAGAGAAGGCAGUUUUCUCUGCAUUCUUCUUCGGGGCCAACACCUGCCUCUUCUUCUCAUGGAUGUUUCACACUGUCUACUGCCAUUCUGAACAAGUUGGCAAGUUCUUCAAUAAGCUUGACUACUGUGGAAUAUCUAUGUUAACGAUGGGUUCUUUUGUUCCAUGGUUGUACUACAGCUUCUACUGCGCCCCCUUGCCGAGGACCAUCUACAUGGUGGCCAUAUUCGUUCUCGGGACCACUUGCAUCGUCGUCUCCAUGUGGGACAAGUUCGCAACUGCAAAGUUCAGACCUGUUCGUGCUGGAGUUUUUAUAGCGCUUGGAUUAAGCGGCGUCAUUCCUGCAAUGCAUUUUGUGAUCAAGUACGGACUUUGGGAAGGAGUCUAUAAUGCUGCUCUGGGAUGGUUGGUUUUGAUGGCCUUCUUGUACAUUGGCGGAGCUGUCAUCUACGCCGUUCGCAUACCUGAGAGGUUUUGGCCCGGUCGCUUUGAUAUUUGGUGCCAGAGCCACCAGAUCUUCCACCUGUUUGUCGUCGCAGCAGCGUUCAUCCACUACCAUGGCAUCACACAGGCCGCACAGAACAGACUUUCGAAUGGGGACUGUCUGCCUGAAGAUUAA